AUGACAGGCACCACGCCCACACAUGUCACCGCCCAGAGACUUCAGGGUAAGACAGCCCUAAUCACAGGCGGAGCACAGGGAUUCGGCAAAGCAAUUGGGAUCAAGUUUAUUGCCGAAGGUGCCCGGGUUCUAGUUCUCGAUAUUAUCGAGCCGCCGGAAGAGUUCAAAGGUGACUUUUCGAACAACAUAACCUAUGUUCGAGGAGAUGUGACCUCUCUGGACGAUUGGCAGAAAGCUCUCGGACAAGCUUUAUCUGUUUAUGGACACUUGGAUAUAGUUGUCAACAAUGCUGGUGUAUUACACAAGGCACAGCCGUCCAUUGAGCUCAGUGACGAGGAAUGGGAGCGAGUCUUCCGCGUCAACGUGAAGCAAAUUCACCUCAGCACCAAGACGAUCAUUCCCUACUUGCUGAAAGAGAAGAGGGCUGGGCUUUUCAUCAACACCUCCAGUGCUAGUGGUGCUCGACCCCGUCCCAAUUUAGUGUGGUAUGGAGCAAGCAAAGGCGCGGUUAAUACGGCUACAAAGGGACUUGCCAUCGAAUGGGCACCGCAUAACAUUCGCGUGAAUGCCGUCUGCCCAUCUGUUGGGGAUACAGCCAUGAUGCCGCUUUUCCUGGGUCACAACUCUAGUGAAGAGGCACAGGCGAAAAUGCUAAGCAGCAUACCGCUGGGUCGGGUAUGCCAACCCAGUGAUGUGGCCAACACGGUAGCCUUUUUGGCAAGUGAUGAGGCGGCUUAUCUGACGGGGGUAUGCUUGGAGGUUGAUGGCGGCCGUGGGAUAUAG